AUGGUCGCCUCUUUUUCUAAAGAUGUAAUCUCGCAAAAGGAGGCUGCGAAGAGAGAACGGAAGGCGAAGGCCCCGCUCAUUUCAUUUGUAGAAGGAGAGAGAGAAGGCGUUCAUGCUACGCAGCGCAACGCUCCUCCCUCCCCUAAUUGGCCGACCAUGCUUAGUGGGUUCAUCAUUGACGGUGACUGCUGGCAGACCCAGCGCAGGACUGAAUUGGCUUUGCUUGCAACGCGCGAUGACCUCUCCUCUUCUCCUCUCCUAGGAGGAAUGGCCGUUGAGCAAGGACUUAUGUGCCACAACUGUAUUGCGGUUAUGGCAUCGGUGCGCACAUGGAAAUGUGUAUCCGAAAUGGUCGGUCGGUCGCCGAACGUGGCGCCUGUCAUUGAUAUUAUAACGAACAACAAAAUACCGCGAAUCAGAAUUCGCUACGAGUCGAAAAGUGCCGAAGAUUUGAGGGUAAACAUAAUGGCAGCAAGUUACGGUAAAAAGAACGGUAUGUGGUACGGUGGGGGUGCACCCGCCGUCAGCGGUGCAGGCGGCUGGUCCCGCGCUGGCACACGCAAGCAAUCUGUCGCGGAGUCCGAUGCCCCACCACCGGGGGGUGGCAAGCCAGCCAGCGGACGCGUCAUCAGAAUCAUCAACAAUAUGGACCAUUCUAUUCAGGUGACUUAAAUCACAUCAGAAUGAUUGUUAAUAUCUGAAUUGCUACCAUGUACCUUAUAUUAAUUAAGCAACCGCAACAUUUCCUAACAAUCAUUCUAAUGCCACUGGCCAUCUUCUUCUUUUUUUCUCCGGGAUUUUAUCCAAUUUUAUUUGGGGUCUGAUCUUCUAUGUCGCGUUUUAUUAAACCUGCGGACUACACAACCAUUUGAAGAAGUAUUGGAAGACUUAGGGCAAGUUUUAAAAAUGAGUGGAGCUAAAAGAAUGUACACAAUUACGGGUCAAGAGGUUAGAAGUUUUUCACAACUAAGAAAUGAAUUCGCAGACGUUGAAACAUUUUAUCUAGGCUCUGUUAUUGUCGCACCCGCUCUAAAUCCUGGUAUAAGCGCUCCGCUGCCAGUUGAAUCGCCUAUCAGAAGAUCAAGAUCGAGAGGCAACGUAGCCGCUGUUGCCGCUACAGAAGAUUUACGCGGAAGACGAGCACGCAGCAAAAAUUAUACGCUUCUAGAAGUAUUAAAAGAAGAACCUAUAAGAGUGACUAUAAGAGGUUUAAGACGUACGUUCUACCCACCCAUACACCACGCACCAAUCGAUAAUUCACCUCCUGACAAGAAAAUGCAGCUAGAUUGGGUGUACGGUUAUCGCGGCUCCGACACACGUAAGAAUCUGUGGGUACUGCCUACCGGGGAGCUGCUCUACUAUGUGGCUGCGGUAGCCAUCAUGUACGAUCGCGACGAGGAUUCACAACGACAUUAUAUUGGACACACCGAAGACAUACAAUGGUAG